AUGGCCCUUCCCAAAGUUCUCAUGGUCGCAGAGAAACCUAGCAUCGCACUCUCCAUCGCCACCGCUCUUUCCCACGGCCAGAUGUCUACAAGAAGAGGAAGCACUGACGUUCAUGAAUUCGACGGGAGGUUUCUUGGAGCGCAUGCGCGUUUCAAAGUGACAUCGGUUAUUGGACAUGUAUUCAGUGUAGAUUUUCAUGGUAAAUAUCAAGAUUGGGCCACCACAGAUCCCUUAGAUCUUUUUCAAGCUCAGAUUAUAAAGACUGAAUCAAAUCCAAAGGCACAUAUUUGUAAACAUUUAAAACAAGAAGCUCGUGGUUGUCAUUAUUUGGUAUUGUGGUUGGAUUGUGACCGUGAAGGAGAAAAUAUAUGUUUUGAGGGUCAGAAGUCAAUCCAUCACCUGGAUGGUUCUAUGGCUGAAUACUUGGGUCGUGUUCAAGGUCUUCUUCAUGAUUUCAAUGAAUUAUUGCCCCCAGCUGCUACCACUGCUAAGGAACUUGAACAACGUCGAUCCUUCUUCAUGCUUCUAGCUCUGUAUGGCCUACCUCCAGAGUAUUCGUCUGUUCGCGAUCAGAUAUUGGGGUCUCCUACAAUCCCCACUCUGGAUACUGCAUGGUCUACUUUGCUACGUGUCCCAGCAAAACCAUCAUCUGAUGGCGGAGUCCCACCCACACCAGUUGAUUCAUCUGCUUUGGUUUUUCAAGGAGGUAAUCGUGCUCCGGGUGGUGAUCGUGGCCACUUUCAGAAGACUGGAAAGCCUCGUCCUAAGUGUGAUCAUUGUCAUAAGCUUGGCCACACUAUCGAUCGGUGUUAUGCUUUACAUGGACGUCCCUCUCCUCGGACUGCCCACGUUGCCCAGACCGCUCCACCUCCACAGGCUGCUACUCCGACUGAUUCUGCCACCUCACCUGCUAUCUUUAACGACUUUAUCAAGUGGUAUGAGGAGCGUCAGGCCGCUAGUUCCACUGCAUCUGUUGCGCACACGGGACCGGAGUUCGAGACGGAUGAUUGGCACCGGAUGUGA